AUGUACACACCGAUUCAACAACAACAACAACCAUUCGAAUUGAACGGAAUUGAUAUUUUGCGAAUACCUCUACGCUCCAUCAAGACGUAUGGCAUUUCUCAACCUCUCGAGACCUUGAUUCCUUCUAGAGAACCAAUGGAAAGAGAGACACGACGGCUUGUUACUGAUCCAGCUCAAACAAUGAAUAUUCCAUCAUCAUCACCACCAUUGAAUUCAAUACCUUCCAUGAAACAUCCAAUUUCCAUUUCCAAUUCAUCACCACCAACACCACUUACAUCAUCACAAACAAUGAAUUCAAGAACAACAGUUGAAUCUAACGAAAAUCUAAUUUCACUCCAUCACCCACACUCCACCACGACAAAAUUCUCCUCCUCUUCAUUGAAUACUAGAGCCUCUCAUUGGAAUAUAGAUCAAGAGGAUGAUCAUGAUGAACAACAACAAGAUGGACAACCCAUGCUCAUCCUCACUCAUCAAGUUCAUUCCUCCUCCUCCUCCUCCUCCGCAACAACUAGAUGCUCAAAAACAUGGCGAAAAUGUUCUUCUCAAUUCUUCGCGUCUCAUCAGUGUAGGCGAGUGGCAACCAUUGGUCUCUUUCUAUUUCACAUUCUAAUGCAAAUGAUAUUGAAUGCACUGUGUGCAGGACAAGCUUUUCUAUUUGACAAGUUUUCACUGGUGGGAGUGUUGGUGUUUUUGCCCAAGAUUAUUAUUGGAACCAUGAUUGUGAUAGCCGUUCAGAGAAAACAAACGAGACUACUUCACUUCUUGUUGGGAGCAAUGUUGUUGGAUUUGAUUUAUGUCUCCAUGUUUUUGGUGAUUGUCUAUUCAGGAACUCUGAAAUUGGGAGGUAAUGGAAAGAGAUUUUCUGAAGAAUUUGAAAUGCAAGACCAUCAUCAUCACCACCUUGAAGAUACGGUUCAUUUACGAGUAGUGGACCCAAGCGGACUGCAGUCUCUUGUGUCAGCAGCAACUUCUGUUGGGGUUCAUCAUGGGAUAGAUCAAGAGAUCAAACCAAAACCUCCCCAAAAUAACAACCCUCCUCAACAGCAACAACAACCUGCAGUUCAGAGUGUGAGAAUGGAAUAUAGCAUUGCCAUUCAAUUGGUGGAGCUUGCAGUGAUAUUCUUGACAUUAUUUUGGACCUACAGUUUGGGCUCAGCUUCGUAG